AUGAUCAAGAAACGAAGUCGACCACAGCAAGGACAACGCGUCCGCGAGAAAUCCCCACCAGAUGCUCAUUUGCCAGCCCCAGAGCUUGACGAGGACGAUGAUACCGCGGGCCCUAUCGACUUGAACGACCUUAUCGAAUUGCGCAAACUACGAAAAGCGCGUCAAGGGAUUGAUGCGGCGAAACUCACCAAGGGAGAUGCCAAACGCAGGAAGCGGCCGCGAGAAGAAGACGAGGUCGUCCAAGCUGGUCUGCGGCCCGGGUUUCGUGAUGUCGACGACGACGAAGACAGGGACGAAGACGAUAUCGAUGCUCGUGCAAGACGGGCUGUCCGCGCAAACAACUUUACCCAGCAAACCAAUGCACUCGACGUCGAUAAACAUAUGAUGGCAUAUAUUGAAGCCAACCUCACCGUUCGCAGCAGACCACGCGAUGAGGACACCGCCCAGCGACCCGCCGACCCGCAAGAAGCGCUAUAUACAAUCUCGGACCGGUGGAAGGUCGACAAGUCAAAACCAACAGACGACGGAAGCGUCACAAAUAGCGCCGCAAUGCUUACCGCAAUUCCUGAAGUCGAUUUGGGGAUGGACUCGCGACUGAAGAACAUAGAAGACACGGAGAAGGCGAAGAGGGAUGUUGCUGAGGGGAAACAAGUACAGAACAACGCCAAAGUCAACCCAGAAGAGGCGCAUCUGGUUGCUUCUCGAUUCUAUCGCCCUGGUCUCAAAAUGAAGUCGGACACCGACAUCUUGCGUGAUGCCAAACUAGAAGCAAUGGGAUUGCCGGUCCCCGCAGAACAACCACGACAAAACGACAGCGGGGCACAAUUGGCAACAGAUGAUGUGGUAAUGGAACGCUUCAAGAAACGAAUGCGAAAAUAG